ACCGCGCGGCGGCCGCGGCGGCUCGACCCAAACGGAGCUGAACCGGAGAAGAUGAACGAGGAGGCGCGGCCCGACGACGACAGCUACGUGGUGCGGGUCACGGCGGUGGUGAUGACCCGGGACGAGUCCAGCGGCGGCUGGCUGGCGCUGGACGGCUGCCUGAGCCGGGUCGGGGUGUGCCGGCUGCGGCCCGACGGGCUGCAGGGCCGGAACUUCCUGAUCCACGGGGAGCGGCUCCAGGACCGGCAGGUGAUUCUGCAGUGUUUCCUAAAGAAAGACCUGGUCUACACAAAGGCCACGCCCACCUUCCACCACUGGCAGGUGGACAACAAGAAGUGCGGCCUGACCUUCCAGUGUUCGUCCGACGCCCGCGCCUUCGACCGCGGCGUGAGGCGAGCGCUGGAGGACCUGGCAGAAGGUUCCACCACGUCUUCAUCUACGCUGCAGAACGAAGCCGAACUCGGGGACGACGACGUGUUCACGACGGCCACCGACAGCUCGUCCAACUCGUCCCAGAGGAGAGAGCCCGCCAUUCACGCACCGCAGGCUCCCUUCUGCGAGCCGCGACGGCACCACUGCAUCCUGGGACAUUUCUAUGAGCACCACCGGCCCUCGGACCACUACUUCCUGGACCCGGCAGUCCACAUCUUUCCCCGUCACGCCAGCUUCCCUCUGGAGGAGGAGGAGAUCAUUCGCUUCAGCCCCCGUGAGCGCAGCUGGCUGACCGGCUACGAGGACUACCGUCACGCCAACGCCACGCGAGUCAAGGUCCCGCAGCCGCACAACCCGGACACCUGCGUGCAUUUCACCAAGAGCGACGCGCCCAAACGCGACUACACAUACCCGUACCCGCUGAGCUGUGGCGUGCAGCGGGGCUUUGACAGCAAGCCAGGCGGCGGCCGCAGGGCGGUGGUGACGCUGCAGCCGCGGCCUCCGGCGUCCAAAGGGAAAUGUCACCUGGAGGACGGGGAGCGGCUCCAAUGCGUCUACUGCCAGGACAUGUUCAACCACGAGGACAACGGGCGGGGCCAGUGCCAGGAGGCCCGGACGCCCAUCCAGACCUGCAUCCGCCGGGUCAGCUUCAUGUGGUGCGCCGACAGCCUGCUGUACCACUGCAUGUCCGACCCGGAGGGCGACUACUCGGACCCCUGCUCCUGCGACACCAGCGACGAGCGAUUCUGCCUGCGCUGGACGGCGCUGGUCGGGCUGUCGCUGCUGGCGCCCUGCAUGUGCUACGCCCCCCUGAAGGCGUGCCACCGCUGCGGCGUGGCCUGCCGCUGCUGCGGCGGCAAGCACAGGGCCGCGGGCUGA